AUGAAAAGCAAGGAACUUGCACGCAAAACUACGUCAUCAGCAGAUGGCACUCGUGCAGAUGCACCGACAUCAGGAGAAGCACAAGCGGAUGCAGGAGAGGCUUGGGCUGAUAUAUCUUUCGUGCCUCCAGUCAACUUUCUCGAGGUUUUACGGAAGCUGCGGCGUGCGGAGCAAGAUCUCAUCUGGAGCGCUAACAGCUACAGCACCGGGUGCAGCAGUGUCAACGACGUGUAUAUACUCUUGAACGCGGACUUGGACUACCGUAGGCGUGUCUGUACACUGCAGCAGCAAAGAGAAGGGUCUUUCUUUUCUGAUCCUCAGCUUUUUGAUGCCGCAGUUCCGGAACAGCAAGAGGUGUUACAGGAGCUGCGGCGCGUAGAGGCAGAACUAGCAACAGCAGCACCUGAGCCACGUCCAGGCUGCCUCUACAGGCUGGAGGAGCUGUAUGUGUGCGAGCCCUGCGGGCGUGUUCUGUCGCCGCUCCAAGUGGCAGAAGAGGUGGAAUGCUACUUCUGUCCCGGUUGUUUGGAGCUUCUGCCUGUUGCUGAAGGGGCGGCCUGUGGCUUUCGCUGCAGCAAGUGUUUCAGCUGUCCCCGUUGCAUGAACGGGUUGUCACUUUCUCGGAAAAAGAAGGAUGAGGCAGAGCUGGGGCGAUUAGGGCUGGCUGCGGGAAGCAGCCCGAGGAUGGCAUACCCUUUUACGUACAAUGAUGAGCGAGAUGAGGAUUUGUCUCUUGUGAGCCGGAGGCACGCAGCAGCCGCAGAAGAAGCCGAGGCAGCAGCAGAAGCUGCUGCUGCCGUCGAUUAUGCACCCCUCCUUGACUUCGCUGCAGCAGCCAAGGCAGCUGCAGCAAAGGCAGCCGCAGCAGCAGCCGAAGGACGGCGAAUUGUUGCGGCAAUGUGCGAGGGAGACCCAACAGCGGCACAGGGACGCGUGGACGAAGUGGGAGGAUUUGCAGUUCCUGGGGCACCGCAGCGCUGCGAUAGUCUGUUGUCUGUCCCUAGUCUAGAUGGCGACACAGACGAAGCAGAAGCUCCUACUUCUCCUGAUGCGCUUGAAGGUGACGAGAGUGACUCGGCUAUAGCAGCAGCGGCGGGUUCAAGGGUAGGGCCUUACUGCAGCAGACAGCAUGUGUAUUUUUACUGUUGCAACCACUGCAGCUGGAGCUCGGAGAUCUCAGGGGUCUCUUCGUGUCUUCCUGCUGCGCUGCCAGUGUUCGGGGCCCAAGGGGACAGAGCUGGGAUGGCUACCUUUGCCUUUGGUGAAGUGCUGGACGUGCUGCAGCAGAACGCAUGCGAGACGGAGAGGAGAAGGCAGCUGCAGCAAACAGUCAAGAGCCGGGCUGUUGCUGCGCUGAUUGCCGCCGCAGCGAGCUCCAAUCCACGAGAUGCCAAAAGACGGUCAGCAGCAGGAACAGCGGCAGCAGCUGGUCACUGGAAAGUAAGCGAUGCUGAUGGGGCUGAGGCGGAAAGAGACAAACAGUUGAGGAACAUAGACAUCUGGUCGUACAGGAGGCCACCGAGCUGGUCCUUUGCUCCCCCCCGCGCCUCACUAGCAGCAGUCGCCGCGGGGCAGCACCUGCAUUGCAGCGUUAAAGAAACGUUGGCCCUUGCUGCUGCAGCAAGACAGCAGCUGACAGGAGGGGGAACAGCAGAGCAAAUAGGAGCAGCAGUGACAGUAGGAGAGCCGACAAAAGCAGGCGAAGCGGACGAUGCUGGGUCUGUAUCUUCGGUGUCCACAACGUCUUGGUGCAAGUGUCUCUAUCCCUCAUUUUCGCAGCCUUUGCAUGCGGAGCAGCUCCUGGUAGACAGGGGUCACCCAGACGUCUCUACAGUGUACAGCGGGGGUCGCGUGGUAGCUGCAGCAAGGGGCUUGUGCAUGCAGGAACGUGUAGGCCUGCAGCAGCUGCUGCAGUGCCCGGACUCUCUGGCGGCGGCAGCAGCGGGAUGUUUGUUCCUGCCGCUAAAACGUCGGCUGCUGCUGCAGCGUCGCAGCAAGCGUUGCAACAGCUGCGGUAGGUUUGUGGUGAAGGCUGGCCUGGCUCUGGAGGGCGUGCCUCCUUUCCGCGUGAAUAAGGCAGCAAACCUGUACCUGCCGACAGUGCAGUGCUGCGUGGGAGGCACCCAGCUCUACCUUUCGGAGGGUCGAACCGCUUGUGUAUAUUUGUCUUUGUCUAGCGCUGCAGACUCGCCCGUUAUCGUGCGUCUCAGCUCCGCCAUUGUAUCAUGCAGGCGGCGAAUUCUACUGCAGCAGCGUUUGCAGCAGCUUCGCCAGCAACUACAGAAGCUGCAGCAACUGCAAGAUGAAGAAGAAGAAGAUGAAGAGCAAGACGAGUGCUGGUGGACUGUAGACUGGAACGGCGACUUGUCAGUACAACUAGCUGCCUAUGAUGAAGUCCUCGACGAAUUAGAAGGUGCGGGAGGGGCAGGCGAAGGGGUCCUUCAAGAUGUAGACCCAUUAGAGACAAGAGACGCGGUGCUAAUGCAGAGUGACCACACAGCGUUGCUAAGACUUGAGGUGCAAGUGCAUCCCAACAGUAAUGACAGACUGGGGCUGCUGCCCUUGGCGGCUGAAGUCAAAUUGGGAACAGGUCUGGAGGCUCCAACAUUUCAAAUGAUUAUUGUCGCGGCUUUAGGCCCCAUAAGGGGCUAUGGAGACUCUCUGGCGUUCAAGCGCACAGAGUCAAUUUGA